GGUCUGACUGCAGUUUAUUUUGCUUCUGUGCCAGAAGGUUAAAAAUCCGAAAUCUUCAUUUUACCCCUCAUUUGUGUCUCGCAGUCCUUCCCCAGCACUUUCAGAGCCGAACCUUCAUUCUGUGGGAUCCUACUAAGUAUGAAGACUUUUGUGAGUGUUUGUGUCCUUUUGUGCUUAGUUCCAGAAUUUCAUGCAGCCCCAAAGCUGACCUGUAUACGAUCUCUAAAGUGCCCCGUUAUGCAUCAGGGAUGUUACGUGGUCGACGGUCUCUGCCGCUGUGAUCAGGCGUUGUGUUGUAACAAUCCCUUUAAUUACUCAACACUGGAAAGCUGUUUGGCAGAUAAUGCGCUUCAGUUAGAGGAUCCAUGUAAAGAUGAUCCAUGUAAGAACAAUGGGUAUUGUGUCCAACUGAUGGGUCAGUCUUCCUACCGCUGUGAUUGCUACGGUACAGGAUAUUUUGGACCUCACUGCCAUAAAAAGUGCCCAAAAGAUGCAAGAAAGGAAAUAUACAGUUUAAAAGGACAAACGGAAGAGCACGCUCGUAGUAGGAAGCGUUACCUUAUGGCAUGCCUUUAACUUACAUAUUCUUAUGACAGAGUAACCAUGGCUGAUAGUAAAAUGAAAGUUGUCAAAAGAAUUUUGCUAGUAGAUGUCAAUAUGGACAGUAAACGCCAUACAUAAGAAAAGAUAACCAAGUUAUAAACUGGAUCUAUUCAUCGUCAUUUUUUUACCUAUGCUCUACAAUGUCCAGAGUUGACAAUCGAGAUGCAUCGAUCGUGGCAUCUGAGAUAGCGCAUAAAGAAAAUUACUUUUUAUAUUAUGUAGUUUAAAGUACAUUAAGGACUUUUUCUAUAUAAAUUAGAGAACAAUUCUGUUGUGAUCUGAUCAAACUUGAGCUUUAAAAUAUGGAAGAGAAGUUUGGUUUUGAAAAAAAAAAGGACUUACUUGAGCAAUAGAAUAGUUAGGGAAAUGAUGAUAGCAAAGUUGAAAAAUGA